AUGGCCCCAUUAGCCCCUUCCAUCAUCAACGCCCUUUACUCGGAGCCCACCUCCACCUACUCCAUCCCCGCCAUGCCGCUUGUCACUCAGCUCUCCGCGCUGGCGACCAUCGUCACCCCGACGACUCCCUACACACCCAUGGCCUCUCCGUCUAGUAUCUCAGACAUCCUCCACGAGAUCUCCAAAGCAGAUGUCGCUGCUGAGCCUACUUCCACUCUGGACCUCAAAGUGAAGUCCAGCAGCUCUGGCGCUGAAGGCGGUUUGUCGACUAUAGCUGUAGUCGGCAUUAUCGGUGGUAUUCUUGUGGGUAUGCUUAUCCUAGGAUUCAUUGUUGUGAAAAUGUGCCACCACUAA